UGUCAACUUAUAUUCUUAACCAACCAUAUAUCUAAAAACCGGCACCAUUCGCAGAACCCGAGAAGUUCCGAAAAUGAACGAGCUCCGAGUACGAAAUCUACUUUUGGAUCGCUAUAACACAAAAUUCUUCACGUUGGUUCACAAGUUCACUCGUCCGUUUACUGGGACACCAUGCUAUUCUAAUAACCUCGCCUGCCAUCCUGCUGUUGGAGAUAUGCGAAGUGUGCUGAGAUUGAAAAUUCAGAAUGCUAUCAAUUCAGCAAUUCUUGCCGAGUCUGAGGACCGUGGGAUAUUUGUAGGGGGUCGGAGGAGAAACCGGAAGAAAAAGAGAACCAAACAUGUAAAAUCAGAGAAGAAGAAGGCUAAGAGGCCUGAAGGUGGUAAGGAACUCCCCGGUACAAGGAAUAAGAACAAAGUUGUCCGGGAGUCGUCAUUGGAGGAGGACACCAAGCCCCUGAUAGAGUCUGGAUUCUGCGACAGUAUCGUCUCUUUUGAGGACGUCCUUGGACUUGACCUUGAGGAGGAGGAAGACAUACCACCCCUUGUGGAGACCGAUAUCACCUUUGGGCCUCUUGUUCAGUACACGUAUGCGGUACCAAACAUCAUUGACUACAUCGAACAGAUAGAAUCUACCAAUAUGCCGUUUUUUAAGAAGAAACAACCACAGGAAACCGUUGAACAGCUUCAAGAAAAAUCAAAUGGACAGCUGGUAAACACAGAAACUGAACAGGAUAAAACACCAACAGAGAAACCCCAAGAAAGCAAUCCUGAAGAAACUAAGGAACCGGAAACCCAACCUAAGAACGAAAACGAGGCUGGAGAUAAAUGUGAUGUUCCCUCGGAAACCCCGGAAAUAAUGCAAGAAGAGACAGACGGUGGCACUUCUAUCUCUCCAACAGAGGAUGGCAAGGCAACGCAAGUGAAUGAUGAAACUAAACCCGAGACAACGCCCGAGAAUACAGGCGAAGACCAGAAACCGAUCGUGGUUGAAGAUGGCGUCACCACGACAUACCAAAAUGAUGUCGAUGGCGUCAUUAUUGAAGCAGAACAGAAAACAACUGCUGUUACAUUAGAACAACCAAACGGACAGCAAAACUCUAAGGAGUCGUCUCCAUUGAUAACAAAGGACAGCGACGUCACCUGCCUGUGUUGUACAAUUCUUUAAGGAAGAUAUGCAACAAUACAAACUUUAUUUCGUCAGAACUAAAGCUUUCGACAGUCUAUCUGACUGCACAAGAUUAUAACAGACUUUUGCAUGAUGUUUGUACAUUUGAUUUGGGACUGCUUUUUUGUACGAAUUUGGAAUGUUACUUGAUGUGCACGUGGCGAAUUCAUUUAGGUGUCUUAUCACAUUGUUCAGAAUCCGACUGAACUUCAAAUACUAGUUUUAAAAUAAACAGUUCCUAUGGUAACCACUGAGGACCCCCAAGUUCCGUGCUGUUCCCGUGGCGGCUUGGGUAGUGGUUCAACUUGAAAUACAAGUCUUAAUCAGUUAAUAAUUAUAUGCUAACAUAUAUUCGCAAAUCCUCUCUCUGUAUUUGCUAUCAGUACGCAUACAUGUACACGUGUUAAACAUUUUAUAAUAAAAUUAUGAUUAUAAA